UUUGUAGGAUUUUGGCGAGAUUGUUCACGUCUUGAUAUGGCGAAGUCAAAGAAUCACACCAACCACAAUCAAGGUGAGUAUUUAACCAGUGUAACUUGUGUUUCAGUUUAUUUCAGCGAGUUGAAGUCUUAAUGGCAUAUUUAUUUCAAUUUGAUACACUUUGUUUGCUCUUUUAGGCCACAAAUGGCACAGAAAUGGAAUCAAAAAGCCCAAGAAGCAGCGAUUUCCAUCUUUGAAAGGGGUACGUUUACCGAUGAUUUUAAGUUGUUAUUCUACAGAAUGAAAUAGUUUUACCUCUUUUUAAAUACCUCUUUUUAAUGUUAGUUUGUGCACGGUUAUAGCGCAAACUUCGAGUCCUGUAAAAGCUGUCGUUAUUAGCGGAAAGUAGAACCCAUAAUUAUGUGACUCCAAAUUUGCGUUACAUUGCGUGACCCAGUAAAUACAGAAAUCGUACGUAUGUACCCCUUUUUAUGUGCAAUUAUUUACCUCGAUCGAUACUUGAGUUCGAUGGUCUUAAACGAAGAUGUGUGUUGAAAAUUUUGAUUUUAGUGAUGAAUGUAGAAGGAUAGGUAGAGUGCUUAUGAUCUAAAGUAACUUGUGGACACGAGUGCUGUAUUUUCGAAAUAUAUAGCAUCAAGGACUUCCUGUCAAUUUCCUGGUGUUGAAAAGUUGGUGGUCAUUUAUGCUGGUGAAUUACAAUUAUAACAAGGAAAUAUAAUUGUUUGUCUUAUGGUGUAGUCACUUCCAAUCUGAUAUGCAAACUUUUGAUAGCAUACUGCAGUUUGAUUAAGACAAGAAGCCUUACUGGUUACAUGAAACCUCAAGGAACAGCCUAACUUGAAAGCUUGUAUUGGCUCUGCAGGGCAAUCCUUGACCCAUACAAACUUUACAUUCUCUGUGAUUUAAGUUAUAAAGAUAUCACUUUGAAUAAAAGGCACUUGCACCUACAAAAUUGGCUGUGACUACUCCACAAAAGGAAUUUGUAAAGAAAUGUCAUGAGAGGAACAGUGUAAAGUGACUAAGGAAUAUUCUCCGUGAUUGGGCUAUUGAAAUUGAACUGGAGAAUUCUGUGCAGUGAUGGAAUAAUUUUAUGACCUUUGAGAAGUAAUGAACAUCCUGUACCUAGAGUGCACCAUAUUUGACUUGCUCAUUCGUAAACAGCAUUGUGUUUGUGUGAAAAGAAUUUGGAUAGAAAUGUAGAUGUAACUGCAUGGACAAUUAAAUAUGGAAAAUAUGACCUACACUACUCAAUCCUUUCACUCCCAAGAUUGCACCAGUAAUUCUCCUCACUGUCUGCCUUAAAAUUCGGAGAAUGUUAGUUUGGAGAAUUUUGCAUUGGAUCAACAAAUAAUCCUCCAAUUUACAUUUUUCUUUAAUCUCAUCACUUGGUCACUCAUGGGAGUUGCAGGGUUAAUGAAUCUCUAGAGCUAACCACUGCUUAACCCUUGAAAUCCCAAGAUCUGAGUGUUAUUUCUCCCUUUUAGCUGCAACACAUUUCCUUGUAAAUUGGUUUUGAGAAUUUGAUGUUAGAUCAGGAUAACAACUUAUACCUGAAAUGUUUGAGUACUCAUGCUGGUUUGCUGAAUAAUGUGAAAUUAUUAUAGGAAGAAGUUUUAUGUUUAUUAUUUCUGGGAGGGAAGGGGUUAAGGUACAUUCCCACCAAAUACUAAGGGUUAUUUAAGAUUUCUCUAUGAAGGCACUUGUCUGACUUGACUUGUACACGCUCAUUGAAAUGUGCAAUCAGAUGGCUGAGUUCUUCUUUCCCAAAAUUGUUAUAAUAAAUCAGUCCCCUCAAACAGUUUUAAUAAUGUUGUGCUUUCAGCUAUAGAAUUGUAUUCAUGUUUCUGUGUUUGUAAUUAUGAGUGAGCUAUAAAUAUGUCACUUAAUGGAUUUAUAAUGUUCGGUCUGCAAUGAUAUGAGUGAUUGACAAAAUCAGACAACUGCGAAGUGGGAGUCGGAUUUGUUUAUCAUGAGUAUGAUUACACACAGAAUUGGAUGACAACAAAAUCCUGUUACCAAUAAAUCAUAACCAUUGCAAUUUCCAAAAGAACAAAUACACUUAGAGCAAAUAUCCCCUGUGGCUACAAUUUUGAAAAUUGCCUAGUUUUUCUUUGGAUAAGUGGUUGUUGCUAUGGUUAUUGUGAUCAAUUCUGUGAUUAGUGGAUUUAGCUGAGAGGACAGAUUACACUGUCCAAUUACAACUGUAAUGAAUGAGUGAAAAAUGAAGCUGGGAAGACACCAAUAAGAAUUGAAGAAUUUGUAAUGGUUAUGAUUAAACUUGAAAUCUUCACUCACUGAUGUAGGUGUCAAGACAAUCUGAGCUAAACAACUACUAACAGUCCACACAAACACUUUUGAAAUUCUGUGCUCUCAGCUAUAAAUUAUUUCGUCAUUUUAUAUUACAUGUAAUUAUGAGUAGUGGUGAAUGCUCCCCUGAAUGGAUUUUACUCUAAAUUUUCACUUGCUAAUGCAUGCUCUGGAGCAAGAGUUAAUUAAGAGUAAAUUUUACCAUCGAACUUGAUAUUUUCAGACAUAGAGACUCUCUGGAAAUAUAAUUGUUCAUUACCCAUAUAAUUCUCUGACAAAUAGUUUUUGAGGUUGUGUUCUUAGUCAUACAAAUAAUUUACCUGUUUGGUGGGCAAAGCAUGACCAUGAUUAAUUUCUUUUCUUGUCAUCCUAGAGGCUAACUUUUGUUGUUCAUAUUUGCUUUUUGUUUUUAAGGUUGACCCGAAACUCCUGAGAAACUUGCGUUUUGCUAAGAAGCAUAACAAGCGCCAAGGUGGAAAAGCUGUGAAUAUGGAAUCUUAA